AAGUGCGACAAAUCCACCCCUCAACCAUUGGUUCUCAUAGUCCCCCCCGUACCCCCGACCCCACCACAAAUCUGGCAAAUCAGGGACCAAGUUUCAGAAAUUCAUUUUCGUUCAAGUUCAAAUUGGCUUUCGCCUUUUCAAAUCUUCCAGUAAUAAGCAACUUCUCAGUUGUCUCAUUUUUAUGAAACUUUGAAGAGAAAACUAUGGCCUCUUCUUUCUCAAACAUCGGUGCCAUUUGCAAACUUCCAUCAGCUCCUUCUAUUAGUAGUAUUAGUAGAGCUCUCUUUCCUACUACUCUAUGCAGUUACAGUCAUUCACGAAUCUCUCGCCCUCGUUCUCGCAGACUUUGUAUCAUCAGAAGCAGUUAUGCCGGAGCUGUUAGAGAGAAUCCUAACUCAGAUGCAAUCGAUGUUGUAGCAGAUGUGAAGACUGAACGAAUUGUAGUUAUAGGAGGCAGCGGCUUUGUUGGCUCUGCAAUUUGCAAGGCUGCAGUUUCAAGGGGUAUAGAAGUCAUAAGUCUGAGCAGGUCGGGGCGUCCCUCUUACUCAGGCUCAUGGGUAGAUCAAGUCACUUGGAUGACAGGAGAUGUUUUCUAUGCAAACUGGGAUGAACUACUUGUUGGGGUUACUGCAGUUGUUUCAACUUUGGGAGGUUUUGGUUCUGACGAACAAAUGCAGAGGAUCAAUGGUGAAGCUAAUGUUGUGGUUGUCAAUGCUGCUAAAGAUUAUGGGAUCCCUAAGUUCAUAUUGAUUUCUGUGCAUGAUUACAAUCUACCAUCAUUCCUCCUUCAAUCAGGCUACUUCAAAGGGAAAAGAAGAGCAGAAUCAGAAGUUCUUUCCAAAUUCCCCAGCUCAGGUGUUGUUCUUAGACCUGCCUUUAUAUAUGGGAAGAGGAAAGUUAACGGCGUUGAGAUCCCAUUAGAUUUGAUUGGAGAACCUGUCGAAAAAUUAUUACGUGCAACAGAAAGCUUCAUUAAACCACUGAAUUCGCUGCCAGCAUCCGAUUUAGUUCUAGCCCCUCCUGUUAGCGUGGAUGAUGUUGCUUAUGCAGUGAUAAAUGCUAUUAAGGAUGACGACUGUUUUGGCAUUUUUACCAUCGAACAAAUCAAAGAAGCAGCAGCAGGAGUUAAAGUGUAAAAGGUUCACAUCUUGUAACAAAUUAUUUAUGUAGAAUAUGUACUUCUGUCAUACAAACUCUUGCUUAUGAUAUCCUGAGCAGUGUAAAGUAUAGAUAGUGUACCUUUUGAUGCUAAAAUAGCUGCGAACGCAGAAAUAGUAUUACCCUACUUCAUCCUA